ACAAUGUUGCAAGCCGGUUGAGAAGGAAGGGGAACAAAAUAUACCGUCGACGUUUUUAACACUUUGAGGAACAUUUUAAUCUUAUUUGCAAAGGGCAUUUGCUUUCCGGUAAAAAAUACAUCUCAGGGCUUUUAUAGUAGAACGCCGUAAGAGAUGGCCCGCUCUGCAGCUCAGAACCAACAGCGCCAAGGCCAGCGGUCCACUCAGUCACAGAGACAGGGCCAGGCCAAGCCAAGCAAAGGUCAGCGUCAGGAUGCAGCGGAACGGAAGAGGGACGAACGAGCCAUCAGGAAUGCUUACAGGAAGAUGAAGAAGGAUGAAUCUUACCUUGCCGACGAUCAGAACUUUGCCAGCUUUGCCACCCAGCUACAGAGCAUGGGUCUCCAGCUGAGGGAUAUCCCUGGCGAUGGGAACUGCUUAUUCCGGGCCCUUGGGGAUCAGUUGGAGGGACACGGGCGCAACCAUAUGGUCCACAGGUUGGAUGUAGUCCAGUAUAUGAGGGAUCACAAGGAAAACUUUGAGCCGUUCAUGGAAGAUGAUGUUCCCUUCGAGAGACAUUUAUCUAACUUGGCCAAGCCUGGUACUUAUGCAGGGAACGACAGUAUAGUGGCCUUCGCUCGCCUCUUGAAGGUUAAUGUGGUCAUUCAUCAAUUGAAUCUUCCAGUUUGGAGGAUUGUAGGUUCAGAGAAACCUUCAUGCAAGGAGCUUCAUAUAUCCUACCAUAAUGGAGAUCACUACUCUAGCGUAAGGAAACUGGGUGACAGUUCAGAAAAAGCCACCAACUUCCGUGGUGAGUCGUCUAGUUCAGAUGAUAUAAAAACGAAGACCAAGUCCAGGACGAAGUCCAAAGUAAGCGACGAGACCGAUUCACCAUACACGAAUGGGGCGGUAGAAGAAAAUGGUCUUACGGAUCUAGAAUUUCAUAUAAUGGAUGAGACGGGUUGUGAGAAUGUGCAAUUAAUACGAGAUACCUUCAUGGACCAAGAUUAUGAUGUAGAUGCUACUAUAGGAAUUUUACUUCAAUUAACCAACGCAGAUUGGGACACUCUUUCUCAUGAUAGUAACUCUAUAAAAUCAGGGGAGCGAUCGCCUCAGGGGGCAGCAGGCAUCUGGUCUGCCGAUGGUUCCGGGACUAGGUUGUUUGGCUUGCCGGAGGACAGCGAUAGCAGUAGCAGCAGCAAGACGCAACCCAACAGGACUGGAGGUGGGAAGGCCAGAAACCAGAAUUCACGGCAGCAGAAAGUCCAGAAGAGGCUGGAGAAGAAGCAGAGGCAGGCCGAGAGGCAUCGGCAGAGAAUACAGGGCGAGAACUGCCACAGCAACACAACGACUAGCAGCGAUGAGGAGAACAGCAGCGUCGUGCUGGUCGGCCAAAUGGGGGAGCUGUCCAUCUGACGACGACCCGAACCCGGCACUUAGUUAGAUUCACAAAAAUAGACACUUCAGGGAUUUGAUAUAGUAUCUGCAUUUUUGUUCUGUCCGUGGCACCUGUGUUCCGGCCCAUUCAACAUGGCCAGCCUGCAUUGGUUGAUUAUUCCAUGAUUGUGAAUAUGAGUACAAUCAGUUCCUGCAUAGAUGCGCUGAAAUAGCUUUGGAACCCUACAUGCAUUUCUUAUUCUAAUUCUGUGAUGGGGUGUUGCAAAAAAUAUUUGCAAUUAAUUGCAAAUUGUUCUUUUGCAAUUUUACAAUGAAAUAUAUGUUGUUUUUGUGGCAAAUAAGUCUACACUCAUUGCUGCAAGAAGCAAGGGCCCAGGGCCCUGUCUUACAAAGAGUUACGAUUGAUCCAAUCAAUCGUAACUCUAUGGAAAUUUAUCAGUGUCAUAAUUUUUGUCUACAAGAAAUUUGCACACUGUCCUUUGUAAACAAAGAGAAGCACAGUGAAUUUUCAAGAAAACAAUGAAUGCACGAAUAUACAUCAUAGUCCCGAAGUUUUGUUUGAACAAACAUGCAUAAUAGAUGUUGACGUUGCUGGCUGUCCAUAUUUGUGAUUGAUUUGAUGAUCAGUCGUAAUUCUUUGUAAGACGGGGGCCAGCAAUCACUUCACUGGCGUAAAUUCAAGUAGCAAACCUGUUGUUCGGUUGGGGGGUGAACCGUUGUGCCAUCCCCCGCCUGAAUAGUAUGACGUUUAUUUACGCCCAUGAAUCGAUUGCAAGAUAUAUGAACGAUUUUAGGACCCUAAUUAGAUUUGAAAUUGAUCGCAAGUUCUUUGCAAUGCCCCAUUUUAGUAUUUCCCAAGGGGCCGUUGCUUAUAAUGCAGGAAGAAGCCUGUUUUGACAGGGGUAGCCGACAUUGUAUGGUAUUUCAUAGAAAAUGCUGGUCUAGGGAGUGUUUCAUGGGGGGUUUCAUGAAGGGACCGGCCGGAAGUUUUAUCCGACCAGUCCUAUUUUAUCUGACAGUUGCCAUAGUAACAGUCUUCUGAACCAAUUAAAAUCAAGGAAAGUUGUUGGGUCCGACAACCUGUCGGACAUAAAUGUUGGUGAAACGAUCCCCUGAACUCUGUGUUUUUAACCCUCUCUCUCACACUCAAAUGAAUUAUUGGUUUUCAUAGCCGCCAUGCUUUUUUGCUGCACUGUCUUUUCACUGAUAUUUCUGCUGCAGUGCUUGACUGGAAAUGAUAAUGAAAAUAUAUCGAGUUCCUUCUCCAAGUUCUUGAAAUGAUAAUAUUUCAUUACUUUUCAAAUGAAAGUUGAAUUAUUUACAGAAUUAAAACCUCAAUUCCUGCAACAAUACACCAGGCAAUGACAAACGCCAAGAAAACGUAAAUACAGAUUAUAACCAAACAAGUCAAGUCCUGUCUCUUUUAUUUUUCAUAGAUGUAUUCAAAAUUAUUUCAUAUUAUGGUAUAGGCUUCAUGCCUCAAAAUAGUUUAUUUUUUGUGUUAAAAGUUUCACUUUUUCAAUCUUAACAUGGAGAAUUGUGCUCCAUAUUGAAUAUUAUUUCUUGUUUUAUAUUUAUAUUUUUUUCUUUAUCUUGCCCUUUGUUUCCUUUUUAUUCUUACAAUUAUUUAUUUUAAACAAUGUGGUGAGGAAAAUAAGAGCACUACGAGUAUUAUGCAGUGGGAAUUCGUUAAUGAGAUUAGAAAUGUGUAUCAGUAUUCUUAAUAUGAUGAAAAGGUGAUAUAUAUAAAAAAAAGUUGUAUCGCUUUAUUGAUUAAUUAUGAUUUAUUGUUGUAGUGAUGUGUAAUUUCAUAGUCCCAAGGACCUUUUUUUAUACCGACUUUAGUUUUAAAAGGACUUUUAUUAUAUUUUUUUCAUACAUGUAUACUUUAAAGGGCAUACAAAGUUACAAACCAGCAGCUUUAAUAGCGUAACCUCAAGUCUUCUUAUACUCCUAUCUGUCCAGGUUUAUUUCCCAUAAUGCAACAUUUUCAGUGUAGUCUUGUAAUGUAGGCCCACGUGAAUGAUCAACCAAUCCACUACUCGAUGCAAUAAUUAAACUGUGAAGUUGGCAAAUUAGCUACGUUUCCUUUAAAAUACAUUUGAGUUUAUCUGCAAAAUGAAAUUAUUGGCUAAUUUAUUCUCUGUAUUACUAAUGGUAGUAUGUUGAAAGGUAUAUUUUAAGAUGGAAAAUUGCCAAUUUGUCUAUUGCCAACUGGUCCACUCAUCACAUGGGCUACCUUCAUUAAGUCUAAUGCCAUUUCGUCCAUUUGGUCCAAUUAUCACUUUGUCUAAGCACCAGAUCGUCUAUGACCACUUAACCAGUUGGUCUAAUAUCCAUUAUGAUUUCAUUUAUUUCGCCCAAUUAACACCAGGUCCAGUUAUACCAAAUGGUAUAUAGACCUAAUGGCUACUGGACUGACUGGUCAUAACUUAUUAGACAAAAUGUUAAAGGACGAAAUGGGAAUUAGACCAUGUGGAUAGUGGACGAACUGAUGGUAGACCAAAUGAUAGUAGACAAGUUGGUAAGUGGACAAGUUGGCAUUAGGUCCAUUGAAAAUUAAGACUAGCUAUUAAUAACAGAGUCAGUGAGAGAUUACAUUACACAAAGUGAAGGUCAAUACACCCCACCCCUUCCCCCUUUUAAAGGCCUGGAAGUCCUUCUUGGGGGCAGUUGCAUAUAACUGUUCAUAAGUUUAAGAGCGACUUCAAGAACGACUGGUGAUCCUUUCUUACAAGCCGAAUAAUCACCAGUGAAUGUAUUUACCCAAAUGUUCAUUGGCGAUGGUUAAGCACGUAAGAAAGGAUCACCAGUUCUUAAAGUUGCUCUUAACUAUGGCCCCCAAGGACUUCCCCUUAAAAAAGGGGGGGGGGGGAGUAUUGGAGCACCCACCAGAUAUCAAAUUGUUUUAAAAUUAUAAAAUCAAAGAAGUAGAGCAGUAAGGGUCCACUUCCAAUCCAAUGAAAAUUUAAGGCAGACUGAUUGUAUCAGCCAAUCAGGGUUCAUGCAGUAUAUGCAUAUGGUCAACAAGACCAACAUCCAACCAAUCAAAAUUGCUGUUUCAAACGUCCAACCCCUGUUGGGCCCAGUUGUACUUUUAUUGACAUUUAGAGUAUUAUGUAUUACUUACUUUUCAUAUUGGUGAAUUUUGUUGCUUUUAUAUCGACCUCCUUGCAAUGUUUAGAUAAAUGAAUUACCCACAGUAAUUGGUACUUAAUGAAAUAAUAUCAACAUGAUUUUUUAAAACUUGUUACUAGAUAUUAGUUUGGUAAUCUUCUUGAUUGAUGGUUAUAUAACAUUGAUGGUUGAAAAUAGAGACAAGUAUACUGUAACACAAAUUUUGCACUUAUUUCUACAAUGCUGGAAGUGAAUGCUAUCUUUGCAAGAAUGAAAUGUUGCUUUUGUACAUAGUAGAAUAUUAUUGUACAGUCUAAACUAAAUAUAAUUAUAUGAGAACAC